GCCGCCGCCUCGGGCCGGCCCGCGGGCGCCGAGCUGGGCAGCGGCUCGGCCGCUGUCACCUCGGUGCUGGGCAUGUACGCGGGGCCCUACAGCGCCCCCAACUACAGCGCCUUCCUGCCCUACACCGCCGACCUCGGCCUCUUCUCGCAGAUGGGCUCCCAGUACGAGCUGAAAGAUAAUCCGGGCGUCCACCCUGCUACCUUCGCAGCCCACACCGCCCCUGGCUAUUAUCCCUACGGUCAGUUCCAGUACGGGGACCCGGGGCGACCCAAAAAUGCCACCCGGGAGAGCACCAGCACCCUCAAGGCCUGGCUCAAUGAACACCGCAAGAACCCCUACCCCACCAAGGGCGAGAAGAUCAUGCUGGCCAUCAUCACCAAGAUGACCCUCACCCAGGUCUCCACCUGGUUCGCCAACGCCCGCCGCCGCCUCAAGAAGGAGAACAAGGUGACCUGGGGCUCCAGGAGUAAGGACCAAGAAGAUGCCAACCUUUUUGGCAGCGACAACGAGGGGGACCCGGAGAAGACGGAAGACGAUGAAGAGAUCGACCUGGAGAGCAUAGACAUAGAUAAAAUUGAUGAGAACGAUGGGGAACAGAGCAAUGAGGAAGAGGAGGAGAAGCCCGAGCUCCUGGGACAAAGCAGUGAAGAGGAGCACCUGGAAAAAGAGAAGGAUUUGGUGCUGUCGGGAUCUGAAGGGCUGAAACCCAAAGAUGCUCUGGCCAUGGUGAAGGAGGCCUCUGACAACAGCACGCGAAUCAUCAGCCCCGGGGGACAGAGCAAUUUACAGGUGCCAUCUCACAGCAAGCCCAAGAUCUGGUCUUUGGCAGAGACAGCGACCAGCCCUGAUGGUGCCCUGAAAUCCUCCCCCCCGCCGCCUCCCCCUGCCCAGGUCACCCACACCUCGCCACAGAUCCAGCAUCCCGCCUUUCUCCCCAGCCAUGGACUCUACACAUGCCAGAUUGGCAAGUUUCACAACUGGACAAAUGGGGCUUUCCUCACACAGAGUUCCCUGCUAAACGUGAGGUCGUUUUUGGGAGUAAAUCACCACCACGCCACUCACCACAACCACCACCUCCAGGCCCAGCAGCAGCCUUCUGUUUUAACAACCACCCUGGGAGCCCUAAGCAGUGAAAAGCCUUCAGAGAGGACCAGUCCCAAACACAUAGAAAAUGUCCCAAGAACCGAAUCCCCACCUCAGCCACUCAAAUCACCCUUCCAGCCUGUCCGUGACAACUCUUUGCCUCAGCAAGAGGGAACACCGAGAAUUUUAACAGCUCUCCCUUCCGCUUGAUUAAAUGGCUUGCUGAAAAACAAAAUAUUACAGAGACUGGUCUUAAGGACAGAAAAACAAAACAAAACAAAACAAAAAAAGGAAACGAUAUAAACGACUCUCAUCCAUCUCUUUUUUGCAAUAAGGUGGUGCAAAUCCAUAAAAGCGUUUAAACAAUUCUGUAGAUGGAUCCCCUUCUUCAUUGUACCAUUUCAGAUCGUGUUAUUCUAACCAUUCUUGGAUUAUUUGUUUGGUAAAUGUUUUCCAUGUGUUUGUGUUUUUUCUGUAUAUAGAGUGAUUUCAGAUUGUAAAUAGCGCGUCAGCAA